AUGGCCAGAUCACUAUCAUCCCUGCUGGAGGAUGAUGCAUUGAUUGAUGACAUUGAAGAAAUUGAUUACGAUCUUCUACCGCAAGAUGCUUCUGUACACAAACAGCCGCUACAGCAACAGGCACCGAUUCCAAACAGACCUAAAUCAGCGCCACCUCAUCUAGAUAAUAUGCGAAUAUGCCUUCCACCGAAUAAGAACAACACUAAUCGAUAUACGAAUGAAUUGUUUGACGCUACAAACCACUUCAUACAGGUUGCUUCAGCACGAAAUUCGGAAAACUUUUCAGCGAUACCACCAGAUCAAAAGUUUCUUGGGUGUAUUGAAUGGAACCAGAUGGAAGAAGUUGACUUUGAAAUGGAUGAUGUUACAAGGACCAGGGUAUUUAGCAAUCGAUUCAAAAGACCUAUAGAUGAAAUCAACCCAGAGUUGAGCGAAUACUUUAGAUUGCAUCAAAAUGAAAACAAGGAGAACUUGACCAAAGCUUAUAGAGUUACGAAAAAGGCACCCAGUUUGAACAGAAGAAAGAGCCUACCUCUAGUCGAAACCAACAAUAUUCAAAAGAAAGUCAUUCUGCCAUUCAAGCAUAAACCGAUAAAAGCUGCCACUAGACCAACUGGGGUAUGCCAGCCAAGACACCAGACCCUCACUCCAUCAAAGUCGUGUCUCAGUAUUGAGAAUGCAAAAGUUUACCUUAUGGAAUCGCUGACGGGGUUGGUGAGUCAAGCAACGGAUUUUGCUACUGAGAUAAACGGGUCUAGUGACAAUUUACUACCGUUUCCUGACAAUGAAGAUGAAGUGGUGCAGAUACCAACAAACUCCAAUGACGCUCAACAAAUGGCAAUUCUUCGAAUGUACAAUGUAAAGUUGGAUAGAGCAAGGAAGGGAAUGCGAACUGGGUUUUAUUCGGAAAAGGAAUUUAGAGAUUAUCAAGCCAAGCUCAAGAAAGAGGCCAUGAAUGCAGCUCUGGGAGUGGAAGUAGUUUCUCAAGAUACACCAAGAGAAGAUAAGCAUACAGCAGUAAAGGAGAGACGAGUGCAGUGGGCUGAUAAUUUGGAGUGGUAG